AUGGAAGAGGAAGACACCGACUACACCGACGACGAGGACGACGACGAAAACGACAACGAUUUCUACAGCAGCAGCUGUGUGUUUGGUGAUAAAAACAACGACAUUAAACCACUUGAAAUGAAAGAAUUGGAACAGUUUAUCUGCAUGAAUACAGUCUUCGGUAUCUUCACUUACCACGACGCACCAACAAUUAUUGCAUCUAUUCUCACGGAAAAGUUUCCUUACCUUUGUGGUCCAUCAUUCAUGUCGGAGUUUUACUGUUUCAACAAGUAUUACACCUAUCAGCUUAUUGAUCCAGACCCGAUUCCCUUCAAGUUUGUUGACCUACGCGCAUGCGCUAACAGGAGUGAUGCGGCAAUGUCAGAGAUUCUAAAGACCACAGGUGUUCCUGCGUUCAUCAAGCUAACAACAUCAAUGGCCACAAAGGACGUUCACCUUGCCUAUAAUGAAGAAGAACUCAGAAAGGUUAUUGAGACAUUAAGUGAGUUAACAACGGAGACUACAGAGUUCCUGGACCGCCUACAGGAGCAUCUGAAACCGGAGCAGUUCCCUCCUCAUUACUCACGAGGUGCCGUUGCGAUUAAGUACAUGAAGGAUGCAUCCAUCAUUGAUGUGUGCGGUUACGUCUGCAAGGGAGAAAUUCAUCACUGGGUCAUCGGUGAUCAUAACCGCUGGCCAAUGAAACCAGAGUUGAUUCAUGUGGAAGUGUUCCCAAGCGAACAUAGCCCUGCUACACUUAACAAGGCUUGGAAUAAAUUCGACCAAUUGGCACGAAACCUCAUCAAAUACGGCUACGACGAUCAAUUCAUCGAUGUUGAGAUGUUUGUAACGAAGCAGGAUGAUGUACACUUGAUGGAGAUCAAUGGAAGAACUAUCUUUACUGUGCAUAAAUCCUCUUAUGUCCUGAACAACGGUGACAUGGUGGCUGCAGUAGUCGACAUUGCCACGGGCGUACGUCCUACACCACCAACCUAUAACGGAAAGCGAGCUGGCCUUCUCUACCUGUCUAUACUGGAGUCUGGGAGGCUAGGUGACAUAAUUGACAUGGAAUUCCACAAUUAUCUGACUGUACUGGACCUGUGUGAUCCCGUGAACGAAGACAUGUAUGUUGAUUGCUCACGUUUUACCCGUGGAGGAUUUAUUGUCGGAGUUAUUCGUGUAGAUGGCGACACAACUGAAGACAUAUUAGAGAAAGGAAAACAAAUGUUAAAAAAGAUGUAUAAAGAUCCUGAAUAUUUAAACAAGUUUUAAUCGUGGAACAGAC